GUUUUUUGUGUGCUCGAGUUAGAUUGAGCCAGCUUAGUGAGAUGGCGGCAGUCAUGGCUUCCCCGUCGCCGGCGCGGGCCUUCGACUUUGACUACCGGUCCCCGGCAAGGGUGGAGGGCUCGCCUUUGCCCUGCGGGCCUGGGUGCAGCGACCGGCUGGAAGAGGUCUGCGCAGCAUCGCAGAAGCGAGUGAUGCAGUGGCGGAAGGAGCGGAGCCAGGCCAUGAACCUCGCGGCCCAGCGGGGUUUGCAGGAGAUCCUCCACGAGGAGGAUGUGCUAGAUGAGCUCCAGGCGGAUCUCGUUGCCGUUGAGGAGCUGAUGGAGGCGGCGCGCCACUUUCGGGAAGAGGGCUCCAAGCUGGGCGAGGCAGUGCUUCAGUGCAUGAAGGCGGCGGGCGACCGCACAGAGGUCAUUGCGCAGGCCAAAGAAAUCCUGCGCGGGGCACGGGAGGAUUACCGCAAGGAGCUUGACGCAGAGGAAAGGCGGCUGGCAGAGAUGAAGGAGGCCAGCCGCGCCCAGCAGCUGGACAUCGAGGACUUCCUCUGGCGGUACAGCCGGUGCCUGGGCCUCGAGGUGUCGCGGGUCGCCGCGCAGACGGUGAAGCUCAACUUCACGCUUCUGGACGAGGCGACGCCAGAACGUGAGUUCUCCGUGGUGCUCUGCCUGGCCAAGGAGGGCUACGCUGCUUCGAGCUGCAGCCCUGAGGUGCCUGAACUGCCAGAGCUUGUGGAGCGCCUCAAUCAGGACGCUCUCAGCGCGUCCGCGGUCCCACUGUUUGUUUGCGGCCUCCGCCGAGCUUUCGCUGCUGUUUGAUGCCAGCACCACGCCAAUGAUUCCAACGAGGAGAGUAACGCAGUGCGAUGGCAGCCGCGACGGCCACAUGCCCUCGCGAUUUGCCCAGAAGGGCUCCAUCAUUUGUUUUUUAUCCAAAUUCAUGCACAGCAUCGGAUGCAUCGGGCAUCCCUUGGCGGCUUGCUGGAACAGGAUCCGUUGCAAGGCUUUGUUUCACCGACACCCAAGCGCGCCACGGGCUCCUGAUGUGCACCUGGUGUGUCAGAGUUUGCAGUGACCGCCCCUUGCUGACACACCUGGCUAAUUCGCCGGAGCCUCUCGCGUUCGAGCCAAAUGCC